UCUUGUCUCUGCACAUCUUGCAUCGCAGGUGCCCAUGGCUUCGGAGCGGCGCAAGGUCAGGUACCCCUGGAGCAGCGCCUCGGAUGCAAGACCCAGCAAGCGCAGCUGCUGUCCCCCGCAGCCCGGCGAUGUGGCCUCCACCUCCUCCAGCCGGCCAGUUCUGAGUCCUGCCACGGCCGGCAACAGUCUCCCCAAGCGCCCCAGAGCCGCCCAGGAAGACCACGAUGUGGCCCCAGUGCCCACCAGGUGGCCCCGGGGCUCAGCAGCACACAAACCCCGAGAUUCGUCUUCCUUUUCAUCACCCCAUCUUUCUGGCCGAGCUGCCCCCCACGGCUGUGUGACGAUCCGGAGCACCACACGCCCCGCACACUCCUCGUUGCAGGAGGAGGAGGAGGAGGAGGAGAUGGCUACUCAUAAGGAGGCAUGCAGUUUGAAGGUUGAGUCCAGAGACAGUUGUCGUCAGGUCACGAGCUCUGAGUUUGCAGCGGAAGCAGAGGGUCAGAGCACCAUGAGCGAAGAAGCAGGCAAAGUGCCCAAGAGGACACGGGAGCGUCCGCGGGACCGGGGCUCCACCAUGAUAUACUUGAAGGCCAUCCAGGGCAUCCUGGGCACAUCCCUGCCCAGCCGGAAAGGCGAGGCUGCCCCUCGGGCCAGGACCGGCCCUGGAGAGCGUGGCAGCCGCGCAGCUGGGCCAGUUAGGACCAUUCCACGAGAGAGAGAAGAGAAGGUCCAGGAGCCCACCCGUGCAGAGAGAACGGAGGGGGAUCCCAUCCGGCCGUCCUGGGGCAGCGACACCAGGGUGGUGAUUGAUCCGAACAGGGAGGAGGAGGAAGAGGAAGAAGACGAGGAGGAGGAGGAGCCUCAGAGGGAGCUGCGUGUGACUAGCCAGAGGACUCCAUCUCCCGUACUCGAUAGCCUCUGUCCUCCACUGCAUUUUCAGGAGGAGGCUGACUGUCAGGAAAGCCAGAAGAUGGAGGCACGGGGGAUGCUGCUAGAGCUCAGCUCUUCUGGGAGCGACUGGUCCGACGUGGAUGAUGUGGCCAGUGUCCGGUUCUCACAGGAGGAGCCCGUGUUGCUGAGACCAUCCACAGUCCCUGAGCCCUCUGCCUUCCCCACGGACUACGUCAUGUAUCCGGCCCACCUGUACAGCAGCCCCUGGUGCGACUAUGCCAGCUACUGGGCUACCAACCUCAAAGCCUCAAGCUCCUCUGGGAGCGUCGACCACGCCCCAGUGCAGGUGCAGGCAGACAAGAGUAACCGGAGCCUCCGGGGUGACUGUUCCCCCAGCUCCGUCGUGAGCCCCGAGAAGCCCUCCAGAGAGCUGAAAGCGGCCGAGGAAGGCCGAUCUCAGAGCUCACGCUUCUCGCGCUUCCCUAGAAACUCCAAAGAAAUAAAGGAGAAGAGAACGUUCCAGGAGGAGAUGCCAGCGCGUCCCAGAGGCCAGCAGGAGGCUGCCCUGGAGGAGGGCUUCAUCGACACGCACUGCCACCUGGACAUGCUCUAUGCCAAGCUGUCGUUCCAAGGGACCUUCGCCAAGUUUAGGAAGAUCUACAGCAGCUCAUUCCCCCGGGAGUUCCAGGGCUGCAUCUCUGACUUCUGUGACCCACGCACGCUGAGCGACGGCUUGUGGGAGGAGCUGCUGAAGGAGGAUCUGGUUUGGGGGGCCUUUGGCUGUCACCCCCACUUUGCGCGCUAUUACAGUGACAGUCAAGAAAGGAACCUUUUGCAGGCUUUACGGCACCCUAAAGCGGUGGCAUUUGGGGAGAUGGGCCUCGAUUACUCCUAUAAGUGCACCACGCCUGUCCCUGAGCAGCACAAGGUGUUCGAGAGGCAGCUGCAGCUGGCCGUGGCGCUCAAGAAGCCUUUGGUGAUCCACUGCCGGGAAGCUGAUGAGGACCUACUGGGUAUCAUGAAGAGGCUGGUGCCCCCAGACUACAAGAUCCACAGGCACUGCUUCACGGGCAGCUACCCGGUCAUCGAGCCACUGCUGCGCCACUUCCCCAACCUGUCCGUGGGCUUCACGGCCGUGCUCACCUACAGCUCUGCCUGGGCCGCCAGGGACGCGCUGCGGCAGAUCCCGCUCGAGCGGAUCAUCGUGGAGACCGACGCGCCUUACUUCCUGCCCCGCCAGGUGCCCAAGAGCCUAUGCCAGUAUGCCCACCCAGGCCUGGCCCUGCACACCGUCCGUGAGAUCGCGCGGGUCAAAGAGCUGCCACUCUCCCACACCUUGGCCAUGCUGCGGGAGAACACGGGCCGCUUAUACAGCCUCUGAGCAGCCACAAAGGUCCUGUCAUCCCCUCUCUGGGUGCUCUAGAGACAGUGCUCCUAAGAGCCGCAGCUGAACCUGCUUCUUCUUCUUUCCGCAGCCCAGACUGUGCCCGCCUUGUGCUCCACCACCAGCACUUGAACACUGUGGAGGCGGGGACCCAGCGGGCAGAUCCCAGGAGACCCCCCCCCAAGGGCUCUGUGGGGGCCGAAGGAAUGAGGGGAACCUUCCUCCUGACUCUGAGCCCAAGAUAAUGCAUGAAUUAGAGGGGCCAGGCUGCUGGGAACCUGUGAGCUUUUCUGUGGCCUGGACUCUGAACCUCUGACUCACUUGAGCACUGGGGCAGUAGCUGGGGCUCUGCCUCUCCUUCUGGGAGUGAACUUUCCGUGGAAACACUCUGGGGCCACCUGCUGAGCCCCGCCUUAGGCUUGUCUUCCUGCACCAGCGGCGUCACUACGUCCUGGCCCACAGCACGGCUGCCCUUGGGCACCUGACCCACGUGACUGCUGCUCCUUUGCUUCUGCCACCAUUGGUACUGAGG